CACUCCACCACUCCAGCGAGGGAGGAGCACGUUCACCGCCGCAACUUCGUCCAUCUUGCCCUGUUCAUCUGUCAACAAAACAAGCCAACCAGCAGCAGCAGCCCCCAGGAGGAAUCGCUUCCGACGCCAGUCAUACUCACUUUCCAGAUUAAUCAUGCGACGUCGCGAGAUUCGCAACUUCACCAUCAAGCUGAGCGAUCUGAAGGAGUACGAGCAGGCCAAACAGGAACGGCUGGCGGCCAAGGCCAGCGAGGAUCGCUCGACGGGGAGUGACGGUGCCGGAGGAGGUGGCGACGACAGUGCCGGCGAUGUGGAUCCGCUAAAGUCGCCGGAAGUGACGGUGACGCCGCUGCCGAAGGUGGGCGGUGCCAAGACGAAGCAGGAGAUCCGGGCCCGGAUAGGGUACCAGCUGGAGUUGCCGUAAAAUAAAAUUGUAUAAUUUAAGUUACAAAGUCUGAAGAAUUUUCUUAUUUAUUUUCACAACACUCAAGAAAAACAACGCCCAGUUUUGGUUUCACUUUAUUUAUUGAAUACUUUGGUAAGUUGUCCUCUCCCAAGACUAUUAUUUCUAAAUAAUUGCUGCUGCAUUUGGUUUGUCGGGGAAAAAGUCACUUUCCCAAACAAGUAAAUGCCAUCUCAUAUAAAAUUGAUUCUCGCACACAGUCCAUCGUCGUCGUAAAAGUAGUUUUCUCGAAAAAGAAUUUCAACAAAGUUGAACAAAACUUCUAGUCUAUUCUGUUGAAUCUGUAUUUUUUAGUACGGAGGAUCGAAGGAUUGCGAAAGAAGAGAAGUGAAUUGUAUUUAGCAAAAAAUGCUAUUCUACGCACUAUAUUGUCACGUUUUUUUUGUUGUCUAUUUUUGCUCUGUCGUACUAAUUCGAUUUAUUAACUUUUUUGUUGUUGUUAAAACUAUAUGCUAAAGUAUGGAACGGCUGCAAACGGAACGGAACGGCUUUGUUUUUGCUGAUUACUAGCGCUAAACU